CGUUUGUGAUAUUCUAUACAAGGCACCUAAAUCAAUUCGGGCUGAAGUCAAAAUGUCUGCCUUAGCCUGCGAUGUGAAAUCUCACGCAAACGAUAAAGAUAGCGGAUAUGAACCAGAAGGCGGUGAGGCUUCUGCUUGAUUGAAAAGCAAGCUCUACCUGAUAGAAUAGGUGCGGCUAUGGCCAGUGUGGCUGCAGCGCCUUCCUGGUCCACCGAACUAAUAAGAGAAGUUACUCAGCAGUUCUAUAGAGUUUACGUCGCUCAUUACUGCGAGACGAGCGAGUGGGACAGUACAUCACGUGAUAAUAUCCUCGAUGCUGAAGAUGCUCCGCUGCCCCGCUUUGGGUAUCGACCACGGAAGACUAACCUGAUCAGAUCACAUGCCCCUCCUAGUUUAUUAACCCCCACCUUAAAAUUCUCUGGCUGUCGCUCGCUCAUAAGUUUCAAAGCUUCAGACGACUCACUUGGUGUAGUUGUCUCCAUGCGAUGCAACAAAGCGCCGCUCCAAAAGAUUGCAAAACGCGACUUCUCAGCACACCACCCAUUUGCUUCGGAGCAGGCUUUGUACCCUCAGAGUACCUUUUCAGAUUGUUAUGACAACCAGAAAAGACGACUUGGUAUGGCUCCUAAAAGAGAAUCAUAUACAGUACUGAUGUGAUACUGGUAGGAAUCACGGUGGGAAACGCUCC